UAGGUCAAUGCUGUGUGUGAACAGGACUUUUAUUUUGCAUUGAAGACAUGACGUCAUAAGACUGCGCCGCGCUCCUGCAUCUGUUGUGAUUCUGCUGAAGAAAGAUGGUGCUUAUUAAAGAGGAAAUUGAAGACAUAAAGAUGGAGUUUAUUAAAGAGGAGAGUGAAGACAUAAAGAUUGAAGAAACAUUCAGAGUGAAACAUGAAGAUACUGAGGAACAAACAGACCUAAUGGCACUGAAAGAGGCGAGUCAUGAACUUUAUGAAAGGGAAGAAGAGAAAAAACAUUAUGAUAAACAUCACAAUUUCAUGACUGGGGAAAGAUCAACACAGGCUAAAAAGACUUCCUCACAAAAAAGAGCUCAAAAGACAGGAACUAAAAGUUAUUUCACCUGCCAACAGUGUGGAAUGAAUUUUGAUCAACAUAGAAACCUUCAAAUCCACUUGAGAGUUCACACUGGAGAAAAGCCUUACACCUGCCAACAGUGUGGAAAGAGUUUUACUGUAAAAGGAAACCUUAUAGUCCACAUGAGAAUUCACACUGGAGAGAAACCUUUCACCUGCCAGCAAUGUGGAAAGAGUUUUAGACAUAAAGGAAACCUUAUAGUCCACAUGAGAAUUCACACUCAAGAGAAGGCUUACACCUGCCAACAGUGUGGAAAGAGUUUCACACAUAAAGGAAGCCUUGAAGUCCACAUGAGAAUUCACACUGGAGAAAAGCCUUAUACCUGCCAACAAUGUGGACAGAGUUUCAGUCAAAAAGGAAGCCUUAAAGUCCACAUGAGAACUCACACUGGAGAGAGCCCAUUCGCCUGCCAACAGUGUGGAAAGAGUUUCAGUGGAAAAGGAAAGCUUGAAAUCCACAUAAGAAUUCACACUGGAGAAAAGCCGUAUACCUGCCAACAGUGUGGAAAGAGUUACAAUGAGAAGGGAAACCUUACAGCCCACAUGAAAAUUCACACUGGAGAGAGCCCAUUUGCCUGCCAACAGUGUGGACAGGGUUUCAGUGGAAAAGGAAAACUUGAAGUCCACAUGAGAAUUCACACUGGAGAAAAGCCUUAUACCUGUCAACAGUGUGGACAGAGUUUCAAUCAAAAAGGAAACCUUAUAGCCCACAUGAGAACUCACACUAGAGAAAAGCCUUACAGCUGCACUCUGUGUGGGAAUGGCUUCACACGGGAACUAAGCCUUAGGGAACACAUGAAUAUUCACACUGGAGAGAAGCCAUUCAUAUGUGGUCAGUGUGGAAAGAGUUUCAGAUUUAAAGGUAACCUUAAGGUCCACAUGAGGAUUCACUCGAAAGAGAACUCUUUUAGAAGUCGUCACUGUGGAAAGAGCAGAGGUGUAAAGAGUACCUGAAAACAUUCUUGAAUAAAAAUACAGAUACCUUUCAGCAAAAAUUACUCCAUUACAAGUUUCAAGUCACCAAUUCUAAUACAACUUGAGUAAAAGUCUUGGAGUAUCAGAUUUUAACUGUACUUAAAGCUGCUGUCUGUACCUUUUUUUUUUGUGUUCAGAAUUUACAAAAAUUAUAUAAUGAGAAUGUACAACAUGAAUCCAUUUUCCAAACUGUGAUUUUGUCUAAACCUGAAUCAUUAUGGUAUACUUAUAAUAAGUGUUUAUAUUCAGACUAUUUUAGACAGGUCUGGUAGGAACCACUGCGGAGUAAGCACAGUAACGGCGUAAACCACCAUAGACAUAAACGGAUACAGUGUUCCUCCACAAGACACAUGCCAUUCUGUUUAUUAACUGCUGGAGCGCCAAAAGUGAUGGAUUGCAGCUUUAAAGAAUUAGUUCACUUUCAAAAGAAAAUUAGCCCAAGCUUUACUCACCCUCAACCCAUCCUAGGUGUAUAUGACUUUCUUCUUUCUGAUGAAGAUAAUCGGAGAAAUAUUAAUAAAUAUCCUGACGCAUCCUAGCUUUAUAAUGGCAGUAUGCAUUAACAAACGAGUAUGAGCUGAAGAAAGUGUCUCAAUCCACAUCCAUCCAUCAUAAACAUAUUCCACAUGGCUCUGGAGAGUUAAUAAAGGCCUUCUGAAGUGAAACGAUGCGUUUGUGUAAUAAGAAAUAUCCAUAUUUAAUAAGUUAUGAAGUAAAAUAUGUUGCUUCUGCCAGACUGCCUUCCGUAUUCAUAUUACGGAAAAAAUGGAACUGGCAUCGCGUCAGUUCCGUAAGUUGAAUAGGGAAGGCAUAGGACGUACAGCGUAAGCUUUUUGAAGAAUAUGGAAGGCAGUCAUGCAAAGGAAGCCUAUCUCCCAUACUACCAGCACAUGGCAAUUGGGUUAGAACCAACCACAUGCUUGAUUAUAACUAGCCCGAGGUAGUAUACUCACCGCCACCGUAUAGGCAUGAAUGCCAUUCUGCUGUGAGUUAGUGUCUCUAAAACCCAUAGGCGUGUUCCAGUGAGCAGCAUGGUUUUAAUCCUUACGAGGUCCCCUUAUCUCCCAUCUCCUGCAGUCCCCCGAGAUGAUCUUGGACCCAGUGUAGCGAGUUAGCUCAAAAGGGAAAUAUUAAUAAUUAUACAUAACUUAUUAUGAUUAAUUAUGAAUAUUUGAAUCAGUUAAUCAGAUUUACUUGAUGUAGUUACAUUAACAUUACAAUCAAUCAAUAUCAGUUCAUCCCGUGAACACUCAUUAUUAUUAAAGGUGCAAUAUGUAAGAAUUUUGCAGUAAAAUAUCCAAAAACCACUAGGACAGUGUUAUUGUAAUGAUGAAUCAACGGAGUGAGAAUCCAGCUGCAGUUUUAUUGAAGUUAAAUUCAUAACAAUGGCAAGGACGAGGCAGAAACAGGGACAGGCAAUGGUCAGGGCAGGAGGCAAACAAACAAAGUCCAAAGACAGGCACAGAUCAGGGCAGGCAACAAACAUACAAAAUCCAGGAACAGGCAAAGGUCAGGGCAGGCAACAGAGAAUCCGGUACGAGAAACAGUCCAAAUCAAACACAGGUAUAACAGUCCACAAUGAAAACGCUCAGAAAUGAUCACCGAGGCAAAUAAAGACUUUGCAACAUGUGAGCUGCUUAUGAAGUGUGUGUGUGUCAUGUGGUGCAGGUGCUUGCAAUCAGUCCCAGGAAUGAGGGCCUAUGGGAAAUGAGGUCCGAAUGGAAAACAAGUCAAUAUUCGGGUGAUGGCUCCCUCCAGUGGUGCGAGGAAGGAGAUGCGGGAGCCUCACUUGUAAUAGUUAUAUAUUUUACAAUAUAUAGUACUUACAAUAUCCCAAAUGUUUCCAACUAUUUGUAAAUUGUGAGAAAAUUGCAAUUUUAACCAAGGCUCCGGGACGUAUGAGGAGGUGCCUGUCAAUUGCGUCAUACCUGCGUUACCCCCGGUUUCCGGUUUUAUUUUGUAGAAACCAUGGAAAAAACCAAAGACGCUUUAAUUUAUUAUAUGUUUUAAUAGACAAGGGACCAACUGUUUGGUUACAUUUAUAGACAGAAAACUAAUUGUUGUUAUAUAGCUCAACACGUUUACUCUUAUUGUAUGCCUCAGAGAAAAACACUAUUUUGUCAUUUUUAGUAACAGUAAUACAGAAUUUUCUCUAUCAUACAAUACAUUUUAAUAUUAAUUCCAUGCCAUUUAUCAACACAAGCCAUCUAGCAUUUAGAAUGAUAUUCUAAAAUCGAUCUAGCUUCCUGCAGUGUGCAACAAGUGUCUCACAGCAGCCACCGGGCGAACACACAGAGUAACGUUAUAACAUCAUUUUCAAACUCAAAUGUAUCUAAUAUGACCGGAAAAGCGGAAGCGGCGCCAGUGACUGUGGUAUAAUAAAAGUUCCGCUGCUCGCGGCAUGUGUUGCACAAUCGCUCCAGAGGCCUUGUUCAGCUCCCACAACACUCAGUCCUACUCUGCUUCAUACUACAGUAACGUUAUUAAUUGCAUCCAUGAACAUGAUUUUGUAAUGACUGCUCCAAGACACGAAUGGCGGAGGAUCCAAAUGCAGUGUAUUUUUUGAAGGGUAAUCCACAAUCAUAAACCAAAGACAGGCAAAAAGGUCAAACACAGAGUGGGCAGUCCAAACAAAGAUAGAGUCUAGAACUCAGGCAAGAACCAAAAUUAAAGACACAGGAAAACAAGAAACAAUGGCUUAGAGGUGCAGUGAAAACAGUAAAGCAAGACCUAGCGAUGAGUGACUGAAUGAACCAGGUUUAAAUAGACAGAAACACAAUGAUAAUGAGGUGAUGAGACACAGGUGUAAGCAAUCAUGGUUGAUAAGUCUAGGCAGAGGAUUAUGGGAAAUUGAGUCUUUGACAGUGAUAGUCCAGGGUGGAGUGCCCUCUGAUGGCAAUGACGGGCACUCUCACUGGUGAUUGUGACAUAGCCCCCCUCCUAAGGAGCGGCUUCCAGAUGCUCCUAAUAAGAAAGUUCAGGUAGGAGGAGGAGCGGAGGCAGACCAGGGGCAGGAUGGAGGGCCAGGUCCGUGGAGAGGAAGGCGGCCUGGAGACUGAGGCAGGGCAGACGGCCAGGGCGGAGAAGGCUGGACAGACGGCCAGGGCGGAGAAGGCUGGACAGACGGCCAGGGCAGAGAAGGCUGGACAGACGGCCAGGGCAGAGAAGGCUGGACAGACGGGCUUGAAGACCCCCACGGUGUAGCAGACGACCACUACAGCAGCACAGAUGGGCUUGAAGACCCCCACGGCGGAGCAGACGACCAGCACAGAAGCGCAGACAGGCUUGAAGACCCCCACAGCGCAGCAGAUGACCACCACAGCAGCAGCGUUGACUGGCUUGAAGGCCUCCACGGUGGAGCAGACGACCACCAAUGGUAAAGAUCUGGUAAAACUGGAGACCGCCAUAGCUGAUCAGUUGAAUCUGAAACAUAGAGCUCAGAGAGGUUAGUCUUGGACACAAGUGCCAUAAGAGGACAGGCAGGGAGCUCAGAAAAGCCCUCCAGGGCUCUGACUGGAAAUGUCCUCUCUGGUUGUGUUGAGGCAGACAGACAGUUCUGGUACGACCUCUGCGGUCAUGUCGAGGCCGACAGGAAACUCAGGGACAACCUCCGUGGUCGUAUCAGGGCAGAAAGGGAACUCAGGGACGACCUCUGUGGUCGUAUCAAGGCAGACAGGGAACACGGACGAUAUCCAUGGUAGCAUCAGUGCAGACAAGAAGUUCAUAGGUCACGAGGCUGGGUUCUGGGACUGCAGAAAACUCUGGUGUGGACUCAUGGACUGAGGUGGACUCUGGAUUGGACUCAAAGGUUGAAGCAGGGUCAGGAGUGAAUUCAUGGGCUGGAUCAGGCACUGGAGCCGAUGUGUGCAAAGCCCACACACACCAAAUGGCUGUGGCCAUAAUGGCCAGCGCUGCAAUAUCUGUGGGCUCAGGCGUGGCAGCCAUCUUGGCCAAGGGCUCAGGCGUAUUGUAAACAGGCUCUGGUGGGGUAACCACAAGACAGCAGGGUACCGAAAACACAGGACUGGCAAUCAUUAAAUCCGGACAUGCUGGUGACCAAGAUGAGCCAAGCUCCUUGGCCAUUGGAGCUUGGUGUUUGGUGCCUCCCCCCAAAAAAUGUUUAGGAGAAGAGUCUUCCUCGACCUCCCCAACAGUGAAGGAGGAACCAGCCAACAGCAGAGCAUUGUCCAUAAACUGUACUAAAGUCAGGUCAUUUACCCCACUUGGCAUGAGUGAUCUUAUUGGUUCGCUUAAUCCAUGACGACAAAAGUCCUUCAAAACAGCAUCCUUCCAAUUUACGCAAUUAACCAGAGCACAGAACUGAGUAGUGUAAUUUUUGAUGGUACUGGUACCUUGACGCAGGAAUAGGAUUUCUUCUGCUGGAUCGAUAGCGGGCUAGGUCUUCUGUAAUGACUGCUCCAAGACACGAAUGGCGGAGGAUCCAAAUGCAGGGUAUUUAUUGAAGGGUAAUCCAAAAUCAUAAACCAAAGACAGGCAAAAAGGUCAAAACACAGAGUGGGCAGUCCAAAAAAAGAUAGAGUCCAGGGCUCAGGCAAGAACAGGGAAAUCCAGAGAUGAAGCAAAAACCAAAAUCAAAGACACCGGAAAACAAUGGCUUAAAGGAUAAUGAGGUGAUGAGACACAGGUGUAAGCAAUCAUGGUUGAUCAGUCUAGGCAGAGGAUUAUGGGAAAUUGAGUCUCUGACAGUGAUACUCCAGGGUGGAGUGCCCUCUGAUGGCAAUGACGGGCACUCUCACUGGUGAUCGUGACAGAUUUCUUCUCGAGUCCUAUCCCGAUUAUUUCCAGUGGUUGUGAUGUGAAGACAUGUCCCAAGAUUCCACGCUCAAACUUGGCGUCAUCAAGCUAUGCCUUUGUUUUGAAUAGGCCUCUAGCGACCUCUAGCAGACAGAAAAUCUUACAUAUUGCACCUUUAAUUAAUUCUAAGAAAUGGUAUUUUUCAUGUCCACAGACACUUCUAUAGAAACUAUCAGUGACGUAAGUGUACGUUGAUUGGUCAAACACUGGCACCUGGCAUUUUUAAAAAGUCAUGUAAACAUAUUUACUUCAUACAAAUGGAAAACAGCGAAAAUGGAAUUUACCUGUUGUCAUAGGAGAUUUUGUCUCUUAGCCAAACUUUUUGCUCUUUCAGUCGUGUAGAUUAUGUGUUUACAUUCCCACGUCACACAACAAACACAGCUCUGAUCACGGCAUCCUCCAUUUACCGGUUUUUAUUGUUUGUAAAUGCUGCGCUUAAAGAUGCCGCUGUUGGCCGCUUCACAGUUCCUAUUCCCAGUGUGCAUACAACCAGGGACAUAGCCCGGGGGAGAAAUUAGUUCCCGGAGAACUAUCCUAGUGGUUAGUUCCUAGAACUAUUCGGUGCAAAAGCCCUUCAUGAGUUUCUCACCACAAACUUCUUUGUUAACAAAGGGGUUCACAACUUUAACUAACUAGCAGAUAUUUAGUAUAUAGUACAAACUUGCAUUAUGCCUCAGCUGUAUGAAGAACGUCCGAAUAUACUGUUGCAGUAGAAAGUCCUGAGAGUUCGGUCCGAUGGUGCUGAAGUUGGAAUCGAUUUCUCCUGCGUUGAAUAAAGAAAAUAAUGACAAA